UUCUCUGUUGCUCUCUCUGCUGUAAACACAACCACAACUAGCUGGUAGCGGAGCAGCUGCUCUCAUGUCUCCUCGGACCCCUGUGAUUGUUUUUGGAAGAAACUCUCGAGAUUAGUGACGGCCUUGCUCUCGGUGUGUCCCUCCCCCGGACAUCAGGGAUGCUCCGGUUCUGGUUCAAAGCGGCGGUCGUUCUCUGGCUCGUCCCCGGGUGUCUGGCAACCGCAGCCAGGCUGUACACGGAGGAGGACCCGCUGGUGAUCCUAAGCAGCAGUAGCCUAAAGCCCACCGUCAGUAACUCUACCUCGGCCUGGAUGGUCCAGUUCUUCUCCUCCUGGUGUGGUCACUGCAUCCAGUACUCCAGCACAUGGAAGUCUUUGGCCCGGGACGUCAAAGACUGGCAGCAGGCUCUCAGUGUGGCUGUGUUGGACUGCGCUCAGGAGGAAAACUUCGAUGUGUGUAAAGAGUACGGCAUCAAAUUCUACCCAACAUUCAAAUACUUUCAUGCUCACAGUCCAGAGACAGACAGAGGGACAAUUUACAGAGGUGCAGACAGAGAGAUCCAGUCAGUGAGACAGUUGAUGGUGAACAUCUUACAGAACCACACCAAGCUCAACUGGCCUGAUCACUGUCCUCCACUGAAACCAUACAGCUCUGUGGAGCUGCUGCCUCUCUUAGGUCAAAGGUCAGAUCACUACACCGCCAUCAUCAUAGAGGAACCAGACUCCUUCGUAGGACGAGAGGUGAUCCUGGACCUGCUGCAGUUCUCAGGUUUAGAGGUAAAGAGAGCUUUGAGCUCAGAUCUCCCCCUGCUGGAUGCCCUGAAGGUCUCUACCUUCCCCUCCAUCUACCUGCUGCACCCGAAUGCAACACACUCACAACUGCAUGUUCAGAAGCAGUUACGUUUCUUCUUCUCCUCCUUGUUGAGAACAUUACCUGGAGUUCAGCGCCAGUUGAACUCAGGCAGCAGUUCCAGUGGAGGCCUAUUGGGGGUGCUGUCUGACAAACAGAGCAGUGAACCCUGGAGAGACUUUGACAGGUCAAAGGUGUACACAGCUGAUCUGGAGUCAGCCCUCCACUACCUGCUGAGAGUAGAACUGGCUACCCAUAGUUACCUAGAGGGGGAGGAGCUAAAGAUCUUCAAGGACUUUGUCGUUCUGGUGGCAAAGUUGUAUCCAGGUGGGGGUUCUGUGGUGAAGCUGAUGGAGACUCUCUCUGAUUGGCUUCUCAGUAUGCCGCUGAAACGAAUUCCCUACCAGGCGGUCCUUGACCUGGUGGACAACAAGAUGAGGAUUUCAGGUGUAUUUCUAGGGGCGGAGCUUCACUGGGUUGGUUGCCAGGGCAGCAGACCGGGGCUCCGAGGUUACCCAUGUUCCCUGUGGACUCUAUUCCACGUCCUGACAGUCCAACAUGACGCCAAACCCACCGCACUAGAAAACACAGGUCUGGAGCGCGACGCGGCCCCGGUGCUGCAGGUGAUGCGUCAGUACAUCCGGACGUUCUUCGGCUGCGAGCAGUGCGGACGACACUUUGAAGAGGCAGCAGAGGAGAGCAUGAACAAAGUGACUAACAAAGAGCAACAGAUCCUCUGGCUGUGGAACCAACACAACAUGGUCAACUACAGACUGGCUGGCUCUCUGAGUGAUGACCCCCUCUUUUCCAAAGCUCCCUGGCCGAGCCCCUCCCUCUGCUCCUCCUGCCAUGAAGAGAAGAAUGGCGUCCAUGUCUGGAACCAAGACAACGUCCUCCUCUUCCUCCAACAGCACUACGGAGCCUCCAACCUGUCCCCCAAAUACUCCAUGACUCCCCCACAACUCCCUGCACCUCCUCAAAAUCUUGAAGCUGAUGCUGCGCAACAGACCAGCCAGCCACAGGAUGAGCACAGAGAUGUGAAAGGAGGAGUGGAAGAGAUGAAGGAGAUAGAGAAGAUAGCUGAGGAAAAAACAGAGCCUCAACCUGUUGACAAGGCUUUGAGGGGAGAUGGGAGGGGGGAGGUUUUGGACCUGGGGGUUAAAGUUGGGAGAGAAGGAGGAGGAGGUGUUUGGAUUCUGGGUCUUGGUUUCAACAGCGUAGACAUGAGUCUGUGUGUGGUCCUGUAUGUCUGCUCCUGCCUCUUCCUCAUGCUCCUCUUCUUCUUCUUCAAAGUCCGAUCCAGGAGGUGGAAACUCAGAUACUCCCGCCUCCACGUGUGACCAUGAUCAGACUGGCUCAGUCUGGACCAGACUCCAUUAAACUAGGCCCAGACAUGAUUGAACCACCUCUGGAUUAGGGGGUUUUUAGCUGUAUUAAAGGGCCAGUCCUCCAGAUUAACAGCCCUUUUAGGAUAAUAGACUUCAGUGGCUCAGAUGUGGAACCUCUUCUGAAUUUGUUCUAUUUAAUGAACCUCCUGUUUUGAGUUAUUUAUUUUUACAUUUAGAACUUUGGACUUUGUGACCAGGUGUGUCUUCAAAACUGUGUGUCAUACUGGGACUGAACACUGGUUAUGCUGUGUUCACUUUGUGCCAAGUGUUAAACCUUCUGACAGGUGACACACCUGUUCUCUUUGGCCCCACCCUCUUGUACACAAACUCUGGUGGGUUGGUGUUUCUCUUAUAUGUGAAUCAUUGAGCCGUCCUGAAGAUGGAUCUCUGCAGACAGGCUGAUCUAUUGAUAGGAAGUUUUAUUGGUUGGUCAAUUUUGCUUUUUUGGGCCCUCUGAUGUUGACUACAGACACAAAUUGUAACUGACAAUAAGGAAAGUUGUUUGCAAAUCCAAGAGUUUAGAUUUUUUAAAAUGUUUUUGAAACUGACCAAAACAGCCGACUCUAUCGUGGACAGUAUAUUUUUACUGUUGUGUCGUAUAAAUACUGUUGAUGUGAAUGUAAAUAAAUACAGCAAGUUUUUAGAAACAAAAGUGAAAUCCAGUUCUGAAACCUUUCAACCCAUCAAUAACAACUCUCAACACAUACGCAGAUAUUAUAAUGACUGAACUAGAAUAAUCUGUGUGUUUGGCGAAAGCAGUAUUAUUAUAAAAAUUUAAUUAAUUUUGUUCAUAAUAAAUAGCCUGGAAUUUCUUUUUUCAUUGCUGUUUGGCUGUUUAUUUUCAACUCUUUGGUCAAAUACACAAGAAAAAACCUGCAGUUUAGAAUGAAUGAUUAAAAAAAGACAACGUUACAGAAUCCUUGUUAACACAGUAUGUUCAGUGUAAAAGUCAAAAACAUAUUUUAAUGUGUGGAGAAAAAAGACAGAAAUCAUAAAUAAAGAGAGUAAAAA